UAGUAGUGAUAUAUUCAGAUAACGUCUUGCAAAGCCUCUUCCAUCCUCUUCUUGUGCAGCGUGUCAGCAACCACGCCGGAGCACCGUCCAUGGCUGACCCGGUUACAAUCUCCGCUUUCGUCGCCAGCUGGUUCACGCCUUCUUCUCUCUUCCUCUUUCUCAACUUCGUCAUCGGCACAAUUGUCAUCUCUUCCCGUUUUGGUACCACCACAGAGCCUUCCGACCACCACCACGAUGGCCACCCACCUCUCGUUCGUUCAUCGUCCCUGCUUGAACGCUUUAGGUCCCUCCGUUUCCACAAACACGACGCUGCGUUUCCCGGACCCGAGUAUAUUCAGCCCGUUCAUGACUAUCCUCAGCUCGUCAGAACGCCGUCACUGAUCGAGCGAGUCAGGUCGUUCAAAUUCGGGUUUUCUAACAACUUCGACCCCACCGGUGCGGAUACAGUGUCUGUUCAACCCGAUGACACGCCGGAACAGCCAACUGAACCGCAACUGGCGAGAACUCCUUCGCUCCUGGAGCGCCUCAAGUCUAUGAAAUUCUCGUCUCUCCACAGAUCGGACUCAAUAAAAGCGGCGGGAGAAGGACUUGAACGGGAAGCUGACGUUCCGGAGUCGAAAGAGGAUCGUGGUGCGGAUAACUUGGUGAGGAGGAGCAAAUCGGAGUCGAGUAGGAGGGAGACGGGAAAGUCACCGGAGAAGAUGAAGAAAUCGGCGAGUGACAAAGCAGCGUCAAGGACGCAGGAGGAGGAGGAGGUGGAUCGCCGGACACCAGAACCAGAGACGGCAAGGUACAGAGCAGGCAUUGAAACGGCGUCGUUUGCGGAGGACGAAACGGUGGACGCCAAAGCGGACGAUUUCAUUAACAGAUUCAGACAGCAACUGAGGUUACAGAGGGUGAAUUCGUUCCUGCGUAGAGAGACGAUCUGAGCAAACUGAUGAGGAAUGGCUGCGUGCGUGGAGCCCCACCGUAAGUCCCAGGGUAAAACGGUCCAUACAUCACCUAUUCCGGCUUCAUCACUGCCCAUCACGACAGCGAAAGCUGCGCCUGAAAUAACUAAAAGGCCCUUUAAUUAGUAGUUUUAAGACUUUAAGCUUUGGAGGCGCCUGCUCGUCCCGUAGUGUUUAUUUAGUCAGCAGUCAGUUUCACUCAUAUUUGGGGUGAAAAGGUAAAAAAGUACGUAUCAAUGUAAAGUUGCUUGCGUUAGUGAAAACGAUUACGUCCUUGCAUUUAUAUUACAUUGCAAAGAAAUAGAUUUGAGAUUUGUUGUGUUGCUUGUUUGGCUACAGAAGAGUAAUUAAAAUUGUAAGUUACUUCUAUUCACUGCUUUUAAGGAAGAACAUAAACGUCACAGGUUA